GGUCCAUUGCAACAUGAGCGCACAGGAGGAAGAAGUGAGGGCCCAGGUGAAAGUGGUGGAAGACAAGGAGGUUGAGCUGUGUAUCGCCCAUUUGAGGUUUCUUUCAAAAUUUUACAUUACUGUUAUUGAGAAUAAAAGAGCGCAAAUGAAUAUGGCUCAUACACAAUUUCUAGCUAAUAAAGAAGAUUACAAUGCUUAUAGCGAAUGGACGGGUGCGAAAUUGAAGAUUAUCGAUUUGUACAAGUACUGGUUGCGUGAGCUUCUUAACAUUAGCAUAGUAGAUGAUCUUCGAGCACUGUGUAUGCAUCAGAUGAUGGCUGCGGAUUGCUAUUGGUUUCUCGCCAAAAUGCAUCAACCAACUUUCCACUUUGGACACUCAAACUACGAAAUGGCAUGCAGAUGUAUGGUGAAAAUACUGAAUGCACUGUUUGACUUGCUUCCACAACAUAACAAAUUCGUUAUCCACCUGGUUCGCAAAUACUCGCUUAUCGUGCUAGAUUAUCGUAAGGAAGUUGGUUUAAGUUCGCCUCCGGUUCAAUCUGCUUCGCACACAUCUACUGAAAUGCACGGAAGAGAUCUUGAAAUAUGUCAAUCGAAUACCUCCAGGUGUCGCACAUACAUCGAUAAGUUGCAAGGCGCAAUCAUGUCCAAUACAAGCACAUACUCCGAUAUACGCCGACAGAUUUUACAGCUUGCUAGACAGUUCGGCAUGAUCCACAGACGAGAUGGUACAUCCAUGACCAUAGACUUUGAUUAGUUUUAUCUUGACAACUGUGUAAACGGGUAAAGCUGGACGGGAUUCUAAACUGUGAUCACCUCCAUUGUGCAAAAAAGCACUGAAGCUUAUGUUUGCAAACAGGGCUCUGCACAGGUGGCUAAUGAGCAAGCUGGAUAUCGUUUUUGGGACAAAAAGCAA